CGUUACCAGAGAAUAUGCUUCUCAAAAAUCACAAUAAAUGGUUUUGAAAAAAAAUAAAAACCAAAGCCUUCCUUUCUCUCAUUUACUGUUCGUUGUCCAAUGUCUAAGUCAUUACCAUCACAUUUUUAUUUCCCUGCAUAUAAUUAAAAAAAAAAAAAAGAAAAAAAUGAAACCAAAAUAAUUUUUUAUUUUUUAUUUUUUUAUUUUCGUUCUCUCUCGGACUCGGAGAAGAGAAUCUGAUGGAGAUGGAGAUGAAGACGCUCACGCUCAUUCAGCUCCUCCUCCAUUGCCCGCCAUUUCUCUGAAUUAUGUGUCUCUCAAUCUCUCUAUUUCUGCAUUUAUUCAUUUCAUGAAGAAUUGCUUUUUUCCCGAAUCGUCAAGUGUUUUCCUUGUUUCUUCAAUUUGCAAUCCAAGGAAAUGGGAUUAUUCCUUUAUUGAGUGAGUAGUUUUCUCGGGGCGGCGUUGAGUUUCCACAUACCUCCGCGCUUUCUUUGAUAUUUGACCUUCAAAGUUCCAUAAACCAAAGUCUCAAUCAGCAGAAAAGAAAGAAAGACAGACGGAGAGGCUAAAAGACGCUACCUCUGAAACUGGAACUGAAACUGUUAUGCUUUGCCUUUUGAAUUUUUUUUUUCUUUUUUUAAUUUUAGAAAAUGGGCUUAGAAAACCAAGGCGGAUCCAAUGGCUGCAAUCCCAUCAAGAAACCAGGGCCUGUUUCCAUGGAUCAUGUGCUCUUGGCUCUCAGGGAAACCAAGGAAGAUAGGGAGCUCAGAAUUCGUAGCCUCUUCAAUUUUUUUGACAAGGCCAAUUCUGGGUAUUUAGAUUAUGCUCAGAUUCAGGCUGGUCUCUCUGCCCUCCAAAUACCCUCCGAGUAUAAGUACGCUAAGGAUUUGUUGAAUGUCUGCGAUGCUAAUCACGAUGGCCGCGUGGAUUACCUUGAGUUUAAGCGCUAUAUGGAUGAUAAGGAGCUUGAGCUCUACCGCAUUUUUCAAGCUAUUGAUGUUGAGCAUAAUGGUUGCAUUUUGCCUGAAGAGCUCUGCGAUGCUCUUGUUAGGGCAGGGAUUGAAAUUGAUAAUGAAGAACUUGCCCGUUUUGUUGAGCGUGUUGAUAAGGAUAAUAACGGGGUAAUAACUUUUGAGGAGUGGAGAGAUUUUCUUCUGCUCUGCCCUCAUGAGGCAACUAUUGAGAAUAUCUAUCAUUAUUUGGAGAGGGUAUGUCUUGUUGACAUUGGGGAACAGACUGUUAUCCCUGAGGGCAUCAGUAAGCAUGUCCAUGCAAGUAGAUAUCUCAUUGCCGGGGGAGUAGCAGGAGCUACAUCACGCACAGCUACCGCUCCUCUUGAUCGGUUGAAGGUUAUUUUGCAAGUUCAAACAGCACAAGCUCGAAUAAUGCCAGCAGUAAGAGCUAUAUGGAGAGAAGGUGGCUUAUUGAGCUUUUUCCGUGGCAAUGGUCUAAAUGUCGUGAAGGUGGCCCCAGAGAGUGCAAUCAAAUUUUACAGUUAUGAAAUGUUGAAAAGCUUUAUUGUGAAUGCCAAAGGGGGAGAAGAUAAAGCUGAUAAUGAUAUUGGCACUUCAGGGCGCCUUUUCGCUGGUGGUUUAGCAGGUGCUGUGGCACAGACAGCUAUUUAUCCAAUGGAUCUUUUAAAGACACGAAUACAAACCCAUGCUGUUGAAGGUGGAAGAAUUCCUGGUAUUGCCACCCUAUCAAGAGAUAUAUGGGUUCAGGAGGGACCCCGGGUAUUCUAUAGAGGACUUUUUCCAUCACUUGUUGGGAUUAUCCCUUAUGCUGGAAUAGACCUUGCUGCAUAUGAAACCUUGAAAGAUAUGUCCAAGAAAUAUCUGCAUGAUGGUGAUCCUGGUCCUCUAGUGCAACUGGGAUGUGGGACAGUAUCUGGAGCUCUUGGAGCAACAUGUGUUUACCCCUUGCAGGUUGUCAGGACAAGAAUGCAAGCUCAGCGCUCUAGCGCAGAUGCUGCUUAUAAAGGAAUGGGUGAUGUAUUCAGGAGAACCUUUAAGCAUGAAGGGUUGAGAGGAUUUUACAAAGGCAUAUUUCCUAAUCUGCUCAAAGUUGUUCCGUCUGCGAGCAUCACUUAUCUGGUUUACGAGUCCAUGAAAAAGAGUCUUGAUCUGGAAUAAUAAGAAACCAAGUAAUUCAGCUUCAUUCAUUGACUGUGAAUGUGAUUGACAUGGCCUGCCUGUAGAGUUGACGAGUUUGAGGAAAGGUAUAUUGUGGAUGAAGUUUUUCAAUUACGAGAAUAAGGUCCAUAGUUUAGUUGAAUAGAUCAAAAUUGUUUUCACCAUAAUACAAGUAAUGCUUCUCGCAUUAUACUAUUUUUAUAGGGACAAAAAUUGCCCUGUCCACAAGUGGGGGUCUCUCAAAAAAUUUAUUAAGCUUUUUGUAUGCACAAUUACAUAUAUUGUUGUAUCAUGUAUUGAUACAGAUACAGACUUCACAGAGUCCCACUUUAUGAUUCUUUUUGUAGUGGCUGAAUUGGUCAGCCUUCACUAUCUGUUAAAAGAAUUGUUCUGUAUAUGUGGCCAAAUAUUUCCAUGUUGUAAGCAUCUCAAAUGUUGCUUGUAUGCUGUUUCUAUUCACCAUAAAUUCCUUUCUAGGCGUUUUCUUUGUCUU